AGGCCGCUCUACCUGAUCUUGGAUGACAAUUUUUAUUAUCAGAGCAUGAGAUACGAGGUGUACCAGCUGGCUCGCAAAUAUGCCUUGAGCUUCUGCCAGUUAUUUUUAGAGUGUCCACUUGAAUGCUGCUUGCAGAGAAAUCGUCUAAGAAGUCAUCCGUUACCUGACCAGACAAUAUAUUUAAUGGCAAGAAAAAUAGAAAUGCCAGAUCUCAAGAAAAAUGUUUGGGAACAGAACAGCCUCAUUCUGAAAAGUUUUGAUUGCACUUCAGAGGAUAAUGAGCAGAUAAUUAGUUUGCUGACCACUGCUUUGGAAAAUCCAGUGAAGCAAAAUGAGGAAGACACUGAGCAAAAGGAAGCAGACAGAGCAAUCUGUGCAGCUAGUGCUGUCCAUCAGGCUGAUCAGACGUGCAGACGAAUCAUCUCUCAGACAAUGAAGGACGCAAAAGAUCAAAACGUACUCCCAAGUGAGAUGAAGAGCCUGGCAGAAGAACUCAACAAACUCAAAGCAGAAUUUCUGGAAGACUUGCGGCAAGGAAAUAAUUUGAAAACCCGAACUUGCAUACAGAAUCAAUAUUCUGACCCUGCUACAACUGUAAUUUCUUCAUUCCAACGAUGUUUUAUUAAGGUUUAUAUUAAAGUGCCUGUCCGUUAG